CACCCAGGCGCCCCUGCCUGUUUUUUUUUUUUACCAUGAGACCAGACCGCUCAAAACACGAAAGACAAGAACUGUGUCAUCUAUUUUUGUGACAUUCCAAAGCUGUUAAUACUGUCCUUUGCAUAUUGUGGUAUUAAUAUUUGAAAGUACAGUUCUAACAUAUAAUGUACGGUAUACUAGCGGAUUAUUAAUUCAUUAACAAACACCAGCUUUUGAGUCUCUUAUAAUGGACUAAAAAGAUAUUUUUCCCAAAGAAAGCAGCUUCGCAUCUUCUCUUCCCCUCCUUAAACUCCUCCACCACAUACAAUAAAGAAAUAACUGAUUAUAAAGUGUCAAGUUGGAUGUCUGGCAGGGGCAGGACAUGAUACAGUAACUUUUCUAAGAGAUCACACAGUUGCACCCCCAGCAUGCAGAAAUUACCAGUUGGAGGGCUGGGGGCUGAAAGAACGUUCUUCUGAGCUCAGGUGUUACUGGACCGACUUUAUCCAGCCCAGAGCGUCCUCAAGGGCCCUGUGGAUUGUUCCUAGGAUCUGAGAGACGGCGGAUUAGGUCACAAGCCGGCAGCCGGCUCGCGCUCAGCCUGGCCGCUGGCCUUGCUGCCUUCCACUGCCCGGGACCGUUUUCUGUUCUUUGUGCGAACCGGAGAGCCAGGAACGCAACAGCCGCCGGAGCCGGCCGCCCUGCUCGCGGCCCGCAGAUGCACCUGGCGCGGCGCCGCCUCGGUCCAACAGUCUCGGCCCCCGGCGAGCCAGGCCGGGUCGCAGCCGCGCGCCAGCGGGGGCGGGGCGGGGACACUGGUCUCCUCCAAGGUUCGGAGGGACUCCUCCAAAAUGGCUUCGGGGCAUGCGCCACAGCGGCCGUUAAGAGACGCAAAACCGACGCCUCGCAGCCUGGAGCCUGGAGGCACAGGGCUGUCGGGCUGCAGAUUAGGGCGGACGGCGGGAGCGCCCGCGGCGCAGUGCAACAGUAUGGAUAAUUGUGAAGUUCCCAGCAAGAAAGUGAUUGAGUUCAAACCACCAGUGUAUGAACAGAGAUACUGCUUUGUUAAAAACUUAGUGAAUCGACAUGGACUCAGGAAGAUUGCAGACUUGGGCUUCGGUGAUGCCACACUUUUAUGGAUGCUGAAAUAUCACCGCUGUGUUCAGUAUCUUGUUGGAGUAGAUAUUGCUGCCAGACCCUUUGAAUGGGGAGGGGGUAGGUUGUCUCCAGGAGUGGGGGGUUACAUCGUUCCUCGGGAACUAGAUUUGACCAUAACCUUGUACCGUGGUUCUGCUGUACAAAAAGACUCCCGUUUGUGUGGAUUUGACUUGAUAACAUGUAUUGAAUUGAUAGAACACUUAGAUUCUGAAGAUCUGGCCAAGUUUCCUGAAGUCGUAUUUGGGUACUUUUCUCCGGGUAUGGUUGUCAUCAGCACACCAAACUCUGAAUUCAAUCCCCUGUUUCCAGCAUCAACCUUUAGAGAUCCAGAUCACAGAUUUGAGUGGAACAGAACGCAGUUUCAGACGUGGGCUUUGGAUGUGGCAAAACUGUACAAUUACUCUGUAGAGUUCACUGGUGUGGGGGAUCCACCAGCAGGAGCUGAGCAUGUUGGAUACUGUACCCAGAUAGGGGUCUUCCAGAAAAACAUAGCAAAGGCGACUGAAUCGAGCAUUUCAGAGCCAGAGGAACACGUUCCAGAGGAACACAUUUAUGAAGUUGUUUACACCACGUCAUACCCGAGUUUACAGCAAAGCAAAUACUUCCGGCUUACUCUGAGUAGUGAGUCGGUCAAAGCAAUCGGCUUAAUGAAAAGCAGGUUUCUCCGGGGUCUGAGGAAAAGGGAGGGCGAUCGAGUGGUACCACUUGGCAGUUGUACCCCACAGUUUGGAUUAACAGAAGCUCAAAGGGCCGAAAUAGAGCAGUCCCCCAAACCUUACAGUGUGGGAGAGAAGUUCUACGUACCCCUGGAAAGACUCAUUAUUUAUCCGAAGGUGAACCACUUGGUGGCGGGUAGUAUGGAGAAGCUGAGAACAAUACUUGCUGAGGGACUUCUACUGAAUGGAGAUCAAAGUGCGGUGCAGGUGGAGUUGGUUGAUUACCAAACACAACGCCUCUUUGAUGAGCAUUUAAUCAGCCCUGUGCUGGAGUCGCUAAUGGAGGAACAGGAUGAAUACUCUGAAAAUUAUAUCCUUCGAGCUGUCUCUAUUGGGCAAACCACACUUGUGGCUAUUGCCAGGGACAAGAUGGGGAGGAAAUUCACAUCGGCUCCUCGCCAGAUUGAGAUAACAAGACUGGAGUAAUUCCCUUGUAUCUAAAGAUGGGCAUCAUAUGGUGAAGAUGGCAGAGCUGCUCUACCAGGCCUGGACCCCUUGGCUGUUACCCGCGAGAGACAUAAACUUCUGUCCUGUUUAAGUCAUUGUAUAUUUGGGUAU